GCAGCAGCAGCAGGUCUCAGCUAUGUUGGGGGAUAUGUCAUCAAUACUUACAAGAGCUACGACAACUUUCUGCAGGACAAAUAUGCUCUGUUGCCAGCCGUCAUCAUUAUUUGUGUUGCUGUGGUCAUGUUCAUCAUCGGGUUGGUGGGCUGCUGUGCCACCUUCCGGGAGUCUCGAGUUGGCCUGCGGCUGUUUUUGGCCAUCAUCCUGGUUAUCUUUAUUGCUGAAGUAUCUGCUUUUGUCCUGGGAUUUGUUUACAGGGAAAAGGUAAAAACUGACGUGCAAGGCACAAUGCGCUUAGUCUUUGACAAGUAUGAUGGGAAAAAUUCAGAGUCUACUGUUGUGGAUUACUUGCAAGAACAGCUGCGCUGUUGUGGGGUGAAGAACUACAGCGACUGGACAACCACAAAGUGGUUUAAUACCACCGGUAACAACAGCGUCCCUCUGAGCUGCUGCAGGCAAGAGAUGAAGAACUGCACGGGGCGGCUGGAUCAGCCACAGGAACUCAAUACCCGGGGCUGCGCAGAGGAGCUGGAGUCUGGUCUGCAGAAUGUUAUCAGCUACGCUAUGCUUGUAAUCCUGGGGUUUGCCAUCGUAAAGUUCUUUGCCAUGCUGAGUGUCUGCGUGCUUACUUGCAAGCGAGAAGACAGCGGAUAUCAACCUCUUUACUCAGGGGUGUUUGCUUAA